CUGAAGCCAUCGGAGGCGAAGACAACAUCAAGCGAAGGUUACUUCCUGUCCUUGGUCUCUGGAGGGCACCUUGACCAUGGACCCGCAUGGAGGACUACAUCCUGAACCGUCCUUGUGAAAGCCAAGCUUUUUCUUCCUGGAAUUCAUUUUGUGGAGAGAACAAGACGCAGCCAGCGUGACGACUGGGAUGUGUGUGUGAGUGUGUGUGUGUGUGUGUGUGUGUGCGUGUGUGUGUGAGCUGGUCCUGAUGCCAGGUCCUGGACUGUGUGUGUAGACAAUAGAGCUGGUCCUGAUGCUAGGUCCUGGACUGUGUGUGUAGACAAUCCUGCUGAAGAAGAGGAACAGGUCCUGAUGCCAAGUCCUGGACUGUGUGUGUAGACAGUCCUGCUGAAGAAGAGGAACAGGUCCUGAUGCCAAGUCCCGGACUGUGUGUGUAGACAAUAGAGCAGGUCCUGAUGCCAAGUCCUGGACUGUGUGUGUAGACAAUAGAGCAGGUCCUGAUGCCAGGUCCUGGACUGUGGGUGUAGAGAAUCCUGCUGAAGAAGAGGAUCAGGUCCUGAUGCCAGCAGGUCCUGGACUGAGGGGGACCAGUCCUGCUAGCUGAGAUACAUUGGCAUAGACAGAUGAGGAGGCACCAGGGACCACCAUUCAGUCCUGGGUCCAAGUGACCCUGCCUGCAAUAGGCGAGGAGUCCAAAAACCAGGGCCAUGAUUGGCUCUCCUGGCCCUGGUGGGCGUGCCUUAGUGCCAUGGCCGAAGAUGUGGUGGGGGGUCCUGGCUGCUUCUCUGGUAGCCGUCUUAACUUUGACGCUGCCAGGAAGUAGCCAGGCCUGCCCGCCGCGGUGCGAGUGCUCGGCUCAGCUGAGGUCGGUGUCGUGUCAGCGGCGGCGGCUCACCAACAUCCCCGAAGGCAUCCCCACCGAGACACAACUCCUAGAUCUCAGCAAGAACCGACUCCGAUGGGUACAACCAGGUGAUCUGGCACCAUACCCCCGGCUGGAGGAGGUGGAUCUCAGUGAAAACCUCAUCGCCACAUUAGAGCCCAAUUCCUUUGCCAGUCUGCCAGGUCUUAAAGUGCUGAAGUUACGAGGCAACCAGCUGAAGUUAGUGCCCAUGGGGGCUUUCGCCAAGCUGGGCAAUCUGACCAGCCUGGACCUGAGUGAAAACAAGAUUGUCAUUCUGCUGGACUACACCUUCCAAGACCUGAGGAGUCUAAAACACCUGGAAGUGGGAGACAAUGACCUGGUUUAUAUUUCCCACAAGGCAUUCUCGGGUCUGCUGGGACUGGAAGAUCUCACCAUAGCUCGCUGUAACCUGACAUCCAUUUCAGGCCAAACGCUGUCCUACCUACGCAGCCUCAUCACCCUUCGCCUCCGUCACGUCAGUAUUACGGCUCUUGAGGACCAGAACUUCCGAAAGCUCUCGAACCUUCGAGGUCUAGAUAUCGAUCACUGGCCCUACCUGGAAUACAUCUCUCCUCUUAGUUUCCAGGGUCUUGACCUCCACUGGCUGUCCAUUACAAACACCAACAUCACCUCCGUCCCCUCUGGUUCCUUCAAAAACAUGGUGCAUCUAACGCACCUCAACAUCUCCUACAACCCCAUCACAACAUUGGAGCCAUGGGCCUUCAGAGACCUGAUAAGGCUGAAGGAGCUAAUCAUGGUCAGCACAGGCUUGACGACGGUGGAGACCCACGCCCUCGGAGGCCUCCGGCAGCUUCGGGUCCUCAACUUAUCAUCAAAUGACCUGCAGACAUUGGAAGAGGGUUCCUUCCACUCUGUCAACAGCCUGGAGACCCUCAGAGUGGAUGGGAACCCUCUAAUGUGUGACUGCCGUCUGUUGUGGAUCCUGCAAAGGCGCAAGACCCUCAACUUUGACGGCAGGGUGCCUGUGUGUGCAGGGCCUGUGGAGGUGCAAGGGGUCAGCCUGAGUACCUUCACUGAUUCUGCACUCUUUGAUCAUUUUACAUGCCAGAAACCCAAAAUACGCAACCGCAAGCUUCAGCAGGUGAGCGCUCGGGAGGGCCAACCCGUGAGUUUCUUCUGUCGUGCCGAAGGGGAACCAGCUCCCGCCAUCAUCUGGAUUUCCCCGCAGCGCCGACGGAUCACCGCUAAGAGUUUGGGCCGCAUCACGGUUCUCCCGAGUGGCACUCUGGAGAUCCGCUACGCCCAGCUGACCGACAGCGGAACCUACAUCUGCAUCGCCAGCAACGCCGGAGGCAACGACACCUACUUCGCCACACUCACAGUACGCGGCCAACCGCUGGACGCCGCCUCAGCCUUUUUUCUCAACCGCUCUCUGUACAGCGGCGAAUUCUUCAACGACACAAACUUGAACAGCACUCGGGUUUUCCUCAAGUUCACCCUGGACCUGACAACCAUCCUGGUCUCCACGGCCAUGGGUUGCAUCACCUUCCUGGGGGUGGUGCUCUUCUGUUUCCUGCUGCUGUUCGUGUGGAGCCGAGGACGCGGCCAACGCAAGAACUUCACGGUGGAGUACUCCUUCCGGAAGUCCGAGCCCGCCACCGGGAGCACGACCGGAGGCACCAGGAAGUUCAACAUGAAGAUGAUAUGAAACAACGCAGCCAGGGGUCCCUCGGGGGAGGCAUGAGCACGUCCCAAAACAUUCGCACACAGCUGUUGACUCGCACUAAAACUAAGAACAUCCAAGUUGACUCGCACUAAAACUAAGAACAUCCAAGUUGACUCGCACUAAAACUAAGAACAUCCAAGUAGCCCCGACUGAAAUAAAUUAGCUAAAUUAACUGGCCAUUGGAAUAAGGUUUGUGUUGCUGAUACUUGAUUGAGGUAUAACUAAUACUUCUUUGUUUUCUAUAGUCAGAUUAUCUUCUCAGAAUCAGAAUCAGAAUCAGAAUCAGCUUUAUUGUCAUUACGCAGGCUAACGAGAUUGAGGCCAUUCCAUACAGUGUGAUGUGUGCAUGCAAGAAAACAAUGUGCAUGCACAUCUCUUCCUUACAUAGAACUCAAAGCCUUCAUUUGUAGAGUUUUUCAGAAGAAAUCAAAGCUUUCAUUGGAUUGAGCCAAAACGAGGCUUUAUGUGGCUAUGUUGCGACAACUUUAGCUGUGUGAGUUUGGGACGAGCACACUGGCCAACAAUUGCCACGACAUCCUGUGUCCAAGGGAUUUGUUUUUUCAGAAGCCCGUUGGACACAGGGCGCCAUGGUAACCAAGGCAACCAACACAACAGAGAGCAUUGGGACAGGAGUUUUAAGAGUAGGAAGGAAGAGGUCAUCGUCUUCUUGAAAAAAUACAUUGGCCCCCAAGCUCCUGGCCCCAACUCUCUGCUGCGUGGUCGGACGUCUGACCUUCCAGGCGCUGCCAGGGGGGAGCAGCCUGGAGAGUUGGCCCCCACUCAGAGGCAGACAGAGGCAUAGAUGUUCUCUCAGGAAACGCCAGGUAGAGUGGGUAUAACAUUCCAGCAAUAAUGCGUGUAGAGCCAUGAAAAUGCAAGUCAUUCCCUGGGGAUGUGAGAAACUAAGCCAUAGUAAUUGCGCUUGUUUUUAUACAGUAAUUCACACAACAAACUGAGAAUAAUUCAAAGGAUAAUGAAUUGAAACAAAUCCCAACGGUGUCUGCCUCUGACAUGGUCCAGUGUGCAAAUGUCUCUGCCCCCCUAGCCCAGUGCAUCCCCCCUACCUUCCCUGUACACCCCCCACUGGGUCCUCCUUUCGGGAGGGGUCCCUGGCUGGAGACUGCGGAUUGAAGAUGUAAAUGAAGUGGUGUUAACCCUACCCACGCCAUGGUGUAGUGGAGAGUCGUACUGUGUUUUGUUCUUUGUUAUUUCUCACAGCGGGUCUGUCUAGUUUCAUUUCCUGGGUUGUUGUGGUUCAUACUUGGCACUUUCAAAGCUCCCAUUCCUCCAUGCAGGGCUGUUCUGUUCUCAACAAAUCAGCAGGUCUUUGCUGUAAAACACACCUCAUUGUCACUUUUGGCUCAGUCUACCUAAAUGUGGGGCUGCAACACCAUCAGUCACUACCAUCCAUCCAUCUUCUUCCACUUAUCCAGGUUCAGGUUGCGGGGUCAGCGCCAAAGCAAAGAAGUCCAGACUAUCCUCAGACCACAGGGCGCACCGGAUUAAAUAAGGCGCACUGCCGAUGAGCGGGUCUAUUCAGGUUUAUUUUCAUACGGAAGGCGCACAAGAUUAUAAGGCGCAUUAAAGGGGUCAUAUUAAGAUUAUUUUCUACAUUUAAAAGACUUCCUUGUGGUCUACAUAACAUGUAAUUGUGGUUAGUUGGUCAAAAUGUUGCAUAGAUGAUGUUUUACAAGU